CUGGAAACCCUCUUCCCUGACUCAACCGCUGGAUGAUUAAACAUUGGACGUAAAGAGGACAUUUUUUGGGUUGAAUAAGUCGCGAGUUGCUGCAUUGAAGUAGUCCGUAUUGGAGUGUUUGAGGGGAAGUGAUUUCGUGGAGGUUUUUGGGAUGCUUGGUCCCCGCGCGCUCCGCUCCUUGCUGUGCGUGCUGAGCUGCGCGUGGCUGCGCACCGGAGCCUCGCGACUGAAGUCUCCGGCUCUGCCCAUCCAGUCUGAGAGGGAGCCGCUGCCCUCCAAAGGCCUGGCAGGAUGCUCGUUCGGUGGUCGCUUUUAUUCUCUGGAGGACACAUGGCACCCAGAUCUGGGCGAGCCCUUCGGAGUCAUGCACUGUGUUCAGUGUAACUGCGAGACGCAAAAGAGUCGUCGUGGGAAGGUGUUUGGGAAAGUGAACUGCAAGAACAUCAAACAGGACUGUCCCGAGCUGGACUGUGACGACCCGGUGCUGCGGCCCGGACACUGCUGCAAGACCUGCCCCAAAGGAGACUUUGACAAGAAGCAGACGGACUCGGUGUUCGACAGCUUCGAGUAUUUCCACGAGAAGGGCCGAGAUAAGGAGGACGACCUCCACAAGUCUUACAACGACAGAUCCUACCUGAGCUCCGAGGAGCUGGGCCCCGGGGAGAGCCGCACCGACUUUGUUGCCGUGCUGACGGGAGCCUCUGAUUCGUGGAUGCCCAGCUCUAACGGGGUUGCUCGAGCUCGCUUCUCUCUGACCAGAACCAGCCUGGCCUUCUCCAUCACAUACCAGAGAAUGGGUGCCCCCAGUAAAAUCUCCUGGAUUCAGACGGACGACGGGUUCGAGUACAAAGUCCCAAAAGGACCGUCAGACAUGAUCUGCGGCGUAUGGAAGAACCUGGGGAAGCCCCUGAUGCGUCAGCUGCAGACGGAGCAGAUGCGGAUCGGCAUGAGCACGGCGACCGGCGGACAGGACGAGGUGGAAGGGAAGAUCAUCAAACACCGGGCGCUGUUUGCCGAGACGUUCAGCUCCACGCUGACGUCGGAGGAGGACGGCUCGGGGAUGGGCGGCCUGGCCAUGCUGACGCUGAGCGACACCGAGAACAACCUGCACUUCAUCCUCAUCCUUCAGGGCCUCAUCAAGCACAAAGACAAAGAGCCCGUGCUGGUGCCGAUCCGAGUCCAGCUGGUGUACCGGCAACACGUCCUGAGAGAGAUCCGAGCCAACAUCACCUCUCACGAUCCGGACUUCGCGGAGGUGCUGACCGAGCUGAACAGCCGCGAGCUCUUCUGGUUGUCCCGCGGUCAGCUGGAGAUUGCCGUGGCAACCGACGGUCAGGACCCCCGACAGAUCUCCGGCUUCAUCACCGGCAGGAAAUCAUGUGACACGAUUCAGAGCGUGAUGUCCAGCGGCGACGCUCUGACCCCGGGGAAGACGGGAGGCGUGGGGUCGGCCAUCUUUAACCUGCACGAUAACGGCACGCUGGACUACCAGGUCCAGGUGGCGGGCCUCUCCAGUGAGUUCCUGGGCCUCACCAUCGAGCUGAAGCCUCGGCGCCGGAACAAGCGCUCGGUCCUGUACGACCUGACGCCGGAGUACGACAAGAACACAGGCCGGGCCGAGGGCAGCUGGAGCCGGCUGGAGGCCCGGCACAUCCACAUGCUGCUGCAGAACGAGCUGUUCAUCAACGUGGCCACCGCCCACAGCCAGGAGGGGGAGCUGCGGGGCCAGAUCCGGGCCCUGCUGUACAGCGGGCUGGAGGCUCCCAGACACGAGCUUCCCACCCCUCUGGCAGGUCACUUUGUUUCCCCCCCGGUGAGGACGGGGGCGUCGGGUCACGCCUGGGUGUCGGUGGACAGGCAGUGCCACCUGCACUAUGAGAUCGUGGUGACGGGGCUGAGCCGGAUGGACGACCUGACGGUGAACGCUCACCUGCACGGACUCGCAGAGAUCGGGGAGCUGGACGACAGCAGCACGACGCACAAGAGGCUGCUGACCGGCUUCUACGGCUCUCAGGCUCAGGGCGUUUUGAAGGACAUCAGCGUUGAGCUGCUGCAGCACCUGGACCAGGGCACCGCCUUCAUCCAGGUCAGCACCAAGACCAAUCCAAGAGGAGAGAUACGAGGACGGGUCCAUGUGCAGAACAACUGUGAGUUCGGGACGCGGGGGGAGGUGGAGGACUCGGAGUUUGAUGACCUGUUUGUGAAGGACCCCGAGGAGCUGAAGAAAGACCCCCACACCUGCUUCUUCGAGAACCAGCACCAGGCCCACGGCUCCCGCUGGACCCCCAACUACGACAAGUGCUUCUCCUGCAGCUGCCAGAAGCGAACGGUCAUCUGUGAUCCCGUCAUCUGCCCGGUGUUGACCUGCUCCAAAACCAUCCAGCCCGAGGACGCGUGCUGCCCCAUCUGUGACGAGAGCAAAGAGCCCAAAGACGUGAAGGUUCCUGACAAGGUGGAGGAACAUCCAGAAGGUUGUUACUUUGAAGGAGACCAGAAGAUGCACGCUCCAGGAACAACAUGGCAUCCCUUCGUGCCGCCCUUUGGAUAUAUUAAAUGUGCCGUCUGCACUUGCAAGGGCUCUUCCGGAGAGGUGCACUGUGAGAAGGUGACGUGUCCGCUGCUCAGCUGCUCCCACCCCGUGCGGAGGAACCCCUCGGACUGCUGCAAGGAGUGUCCGGAGGAGGAGCGCACCACCCCGGGCCUGGAGCACAGCGACAUGAUGCAGGCCGACGGCCCCCGGCACUGCAAGUUCGGGAAGAGCUUUUACCAGAACAGCGACAACUGGCACCCCUGGGUCCCGCUGGUGGGGGAGAUGAAGUGCAUCAACUGCUGGUGUGACCACGGCGUGACCAAAUGUCAGAGGAAGCAGUGUCCCGCUCUGAGCUGCACCAACGUCAGCCGCAAGGAGGGGGUCUGCUGUCCUGAGUGCCUCGACUCCAAAGAGGAAGAAGCCCUAGUGACAAAAGCUCCGGACAAAAGGCGAAGCUGGAGACACUGAUCUGUCAUUCCUCCCCCCAUCACCCCCACUGAUGGACCCGAACCCAGAGCUGCACACUGGGCCUCCCCCCUCCUCUCCCUACACCCACCCUGUUAUCAGCUUCAGGAUUGUAUUGAACAGAGAACAGCAGAGAUAAUAAUAUUAAGAAAAGUUCCAAAGACUCUUUAAUGAAGGGAUGAAGCUACGAAGAGGAGCAGCCAGACUUUACACACCUUUCCUGCCUUGCAUUUUUGCUGGAAUUUUCUUUUCGCUCGGUUUUUGUUUUUUAUAAAAUAAAACACAGCUGGGGUUCUCAGCUUCGUUUCCGGAGUCCGACCUCGGUAGGACCAUUGACAGGGCUUCUCUUCGAAGUCCAGCCAUACAGCCUCUCUCACGGGAUGGAGAGGAUGCUUAAAUAUGUGUGAAUGUGUACGUGUGUGUGUGUGUGUGUGUGUGUGUGUGUGUGUGUGUGUGUGUGUGUGUGUGUGUGUGUGUGUGUGUGUGUGUGUGUGUGUGUGUGUGUUUUCUACCAGUAAAGAAAAAGACAAACCAAAGAUGGAGAAACACAGAAAAAGUCCUUGAUGGCAAAGCAGGGUUAAAAUCUACGGAAGCCCUGAGAGGCCAAGAAGUCUGAUCUCAAUUGUUUUGAUUUAAAUUAUAAUCAUUUUAAUCUUCUUAUGUCAGUUAAAAGAAAAGAAAACAUGUUUUGCUGGGGGAAGAAAUAUAAGUGAAUUAAACAACACACAUUUUAAAGAAAGGCGUUUGUUGUUGUAAUACUAACAUUGGCCACACGAGGCAAUGUUCCCCCUUGUUCCAAAUAGGGCUAAAAAUGAUUAAAAUAUGCUUCUUAUUUUAAAAAUAACAGCAUGACAGUAAUGUUACAGUACUAACACACAUAUAGCGUGUGUUUAGAGUAGAGAAGUUAAAACAAACCUUAAAAACGAAGUCAUUAUUUAAAGCAUCAGUACACUAACAGAGUGGGUUCAUUUUCCACUGUAGUUACUUAGAUCACAUCUGUUUAGUUGAAGAAUGUGUGCAAACAUACACAUUUUAAAGCUGUAGGCUAAAUGAUAUGACUCCACUGUGGUUAAACUCACCUAUGCUGGUGUUAAUAUUGUCAUUUUUUAACCAAAUUUAUAAAAAUAUGCAUUUUCUGGAGUUGAUUUAGCUCAAUUAACGACAUCUAACGUGUUUUUAAUCAGCCCUUAACCCUGACAGUGUGUCAUGUAGCCUCUGUAAUCCAUUUCCUCUUCUUACCCACUAAUUAGAAUUCUGUUUAAUUAUGCAGAGGGUGGAGUUGGGCUUAGACUGGGGGUUAAAAAUACCUCAGACGCUGAGUAAGUACAUAACUGACACCUGAUGACAAUAUAGUUUAUGUUCAUGAGAUCCAAAAUAGUUGGGGGUAAUGUUGACUUUAAAACAUGGUAGAGGUGGAGAAUUAACUUAGAAAAACAAUAAAAAAAUUAAAUAAAUAGCAACAAAAUUAUACAGUUUUUCCGCCCGGCAACAAAAAGAAAUCCCACCUUUUUAACCAAUGAAAAAAUAGCAAAAUUGUCUUGGCAACAACAUAUCUUCCCUGCAGUCCUAAGGAGAUAAAAAGCAAUUUAAAUAAGACUCAGACUCUUUGUCUAACUUGCCUUUCAGUGCUUCUUUAAAAAAAAAUCCAUUGCAAGAAAUAAGAACCAGUUCAAACCAGUAAACCGGGAUGUUUCUGUCCCUGUCUCAUAAGUCCGAUUUUAUGUCCAGAGAAACUCCAACGUCUCACCCUGAUGUUGUUUCCGUUUAGUCUGAGCUUUGCCUUCACCUGCUGUCUCAUCGCUUUGGUUGUUUCUGUUUCUAAAUAAGUAAUAUUUUUUAUGAUCAUUGUUGUUUUUGAAUAUGAAGCUGGUUUGUAUUUUGUAUUUAUUGAAUGGUGUAGAGACAAAAUAAAGAGAUGUUUGUUUGGUCAA